AGCGGCUCUUGGCCCUCGACGAACGACAUUUUAAACUGUAGAAGAGGAAGGGGAAAAGAUGGGCCAUUGGGAGCGUCUCCCUGAAAAGAGUAAGCCCAGCCCAGCCCUGCCUCUUUGCUGCUUAGGGAGGAAUUCUGCCACGGAAGGGUUCUGGCAUCGGUGAUGAGCAAUGGGGUAUGAUGUAGCACGUUUUCAGGGGGAUGUUGAUGAAGAUCUUAUAUGCCCCAUCUGCAGCGGGGUCCUGGAGGAGCCGGUUCAGGCUCCUCACUGCGAGCACGCCUUCUGCAAUGCCUGCAUCACCCAGUGGUUCUCCCAGCAGCAGACGUGCCCCGUGGACCGCAGCGUCGUGACGGUUGCCCACCUCCGCCCCGUCCCACGGAUCAUGCGUAAUAUGCUCUCGAAGCUGCAGAUCACUUGCGACAACGCUGUUUUCGGCUGUACGGCAGUUGUGCGACUUGACAACCUGAUGUCUCACCUCAAUGACUGCGAGCACAAUCCAAAGCGCCCGGUGACUUGCGAGCAGGGAUGCGGCUUGGAAAUGCCCAAAGAUGAGCUGCCAAACCACAACUGCAUCAAGCAUUUAAGAUCUGUGGUGCAACAGCAGCAGACGAGAAUCGCUGAGCUGGAGAAGACCUCCGCGGAGCACAAGCAUCAGCUGGCCGAGCAGAAGCGGGACAUUCAGUUGCUGAAGGCCUACAUGCGCGCCAUCCGCAGCGUCAACCCCAACCUGCAGAACCUGGAGGAGACCAUCGAAUACAAUGAAAUCCUGGAGUGGGUGAACUCCCUGCAGCCGGCCCGGGUGACGCGGUGGGGUGGAAUGAUCUCCACGCCAGACGCGGUGCUGCAGGCCGUCAUCAAGCGCUCGCUGGUGGAGAGCGGCUGCCCCACGUCCAUCAUCAACGAGCUGAUCGAGAACGCCCACGAGCGGAACUGGCCGCAGGGCCUGGCCACGCUGGAGACCCGCCAGAUGAACCGGCGGUACUACGAGAACUAUGUGGCCAAGCGCAUCCCCGGCAAGCAGGCCGUGGUGGUGAUGGCCUGCGAAAACCAGCACAUGGGCGAGGACAUGGUGCUAGAGCCGGGACUGGUGAUGAUAUUUGCACACGGAGUGGAGGAAAUCUAAGGACUUUUGAAGAGAAACGCUUCGUGCUGACGAGCGAGAGGAGGGGGAAGGUGCAGAGGUGGAGACCGGGGGUAGCCGCUCAAAACUGCUGGCGUUCCCUAGUCGCCGACGUGGUUUUCUUAGGGCACUGUUCCCUCGAACCUCUUGCUUCCUAGCUGAAAUGAUUAAAUGCCUCUGGUAAAUACUACUCAAACACUUGGCCAGCGGUGGGCACACGCUGCAGCCCCUCCACGUUCGCCCCUUGCAGAUCAGCUUCCCCGUUCGAUGUCUUUCAAGGAGAGAAGGAGCAACCGCUCCACACGUACUGCCAGACUCCUCAGACCCAGCCUGCCUUUUGGGUGCUGGUGCCGCUCCCAAAGCCUGGCUCCUGGUCCAGCCCAAGCCCAAAGGCCCAGCUCAGCUCCUGCCGUGGACUGUCCCCACGGCCCCCGGCACCUCGCGCUUGUCCGGUGGGCGAAUCCUCCCUGGGCUUUCUCUCCCUCUCUGGAUUUUCCGCCUCGCUCUCCAGCGUCUCUCUG